AAGAAAUAUGGCGGGCAGUUAACUUCUUUGGCUUUUUACCGUUUGAAUGCUUAUAAGCCUUUUGUCCUGUACAUGGAAUUUAAAUAAUCUAUUUGUAGCCAGGUAAGCAGAAUGUCGAUGAAAACAACAAAUCAGGGUGGAGAUGGCAGCUUGGCUGCUCCACAAGAUAUAUUACCACUGUUCUUUACCAGCAAAACGCAACAAAUAUUUGGAUGCAUAGCUGAUGAAGACGUGAAUGCAGAAAAUCCGUACAAACUUAUUCAGAAAGAAACUAUUUUACAAGAUUUUAAGGACAGAGCAGCAGUCUCGGAUUUACCGGCUAAAAAAAUUGUUUUGGAUUAUUCUGGUGAGGAAUUGUUAGUUGUGUAUGAUGCGGAUUUCAAAUAUGGGCAAAAUUUUUAUCUUUGCACCACAGAAGAAUGUAAAGAAAGCAUUUUACAUCCUGAGUCGGCAGACGUUGGUGAACAGGCAGAUACAGAGCAAACAGAAGGUACAACAACAGAAGAAGAAAUUGUUGUAUGGAAAGGACCUGUUUCACCCAGACCUUGGGAAUCAUUAGGGAGCGAGGUAGAUGUCGACGAUGAAAAAACUGUUGAGAACCGAGCCAAGAUAAAGAUCUGUAUUUCACGAAAACGAUGUGAAUUCGGUGCUCCUGUAAAAUUUGCUGAUCAAAGCGAGAAAACAGUGAAAGAUUCCACAGUAGAAUGCCUUCCGUUCGAAGAUGAAACUUAUAGUUUGAAGAAAUUAGAGCUUCAUAUUGGUAUUCAGGUAGUCCAAGCCAGAGAGGAGAGAGGAUCACAGACGGAAUGGAAGAAGCCCAGGAAUGCUUGCGUGCAAUACGAACCCAGAUUUUUACCAGAAGAAAAGAAAGUUGAGGCGGAAGAAGCUCCUAGUUUGCUGGAAUUUUUACAAAAAGUUACUCCAAGAUUUGAGCUGGCUUUACAGCAGAAUGAAAUCAUGGAUGUAUUUUACGACGAUUAUCUGUCUUUGGCGGAUGAAGAUAGCACGUUCGGUUCGAAAUCUGACAACUACCUCAAGGAGUAUCAGUCAUUUACUGAUUUGUUGUACAGUAAAGAGAAAGUGGUAACAAAUACUGAAUGGCAUCCGACUGCUAAAGGUAUUAUCGCAGUGUCCUGUGCUGAGCAGAUGUCGUUUGAUGAAAGAGUGGACAAUGCUUCAAGAAUUAUCAUGACACCGUCACUGAUAUUAAUAUGGAGUUUCUCUGAUCCAAUACAUCCACAGCUCUUGUUGGAAGCUCCUGAUGAUAUCUUCAGUUUUAAAUUCAACCCAUCUGAGCCAACCAUAAUCGCUGGAGGAUGUGUUAAUGGACAGGUCGUCUUAUGGGACAUCAGCAGUUGGAAUGAUCGCCUUCUCAGUCACCGGCAAGCUGCUAAAGCAAAGAAGAAUACGAUGACCUCGUUGCCUGGUUUUGAAGAUGAUUCGAACACAGAUCAUACUCCGAUUGUUCGUUACUGUGCAGUCUCCGCUAUUGAACACAGUCAUAAAAGUGCUGUUUCCGAUUUACAGUGGAUUCCAGAUCACAUGGAGAUUGGGAGGAUGGGUGUUGUUGUUGAAAAUAAAUCAAGCUAUUGUCAUCAGUUAAUAACAUGUGCCGCGGACGGAAGUAUAUUGUACUGGGAUACCAGACCGACAAAAUCAGCUCAUCAAAGCCAGAUGACAUCGGUAAAUAAACCUACCACCCAACCUGUAUCCAAUCCACUGAAACAACUUGAUCUCACAUGGAAACCUAUCCUAAAGGUAUCUGUGAGUCAUAUUACUGGCUCUGGGGAAUUUGGACCAACAAAAUUUAGUCUUGCGGAGAGACAUGGGGACAGAUCAUCAAUUAACCAACCAGACAACGAUAAGGACGCUGGACAUUUGAGCAGAACAAUUUCUAUGACAAGUAAAAAAGAUCAAGGAAAAAUAUUGGAGAACAUUGCAACCAUGUUGUUUGUCGGUACAGAGAGUGGUGAUGUUGUUUACAUGGAUUGGAAGUUGUCUAAAGACUCGGAUAGUGGGAAAUUUUCAGCUAGUAAACCUGAAUUGGUCCUGGCUGCUCACGAAGGACUUGUCUGCGUUCUACAACGCUCACCUUUCUUUAAAGACAUUCUGUUAUCGAUUGGUGGAUGGACGUUUGCGAUUUGGAAAGAAGGCGUCACGACAGGGCCUAUUUUGGAGUCGGCAUCAUUCCAAGUGAGAUUAACCGCGGGAACCUGGAGUCCAACUAGACCAGGAGUAUUUUUUGUAACGAGAGCUGAUGGAAAUGUUGACGUUUGGGAUUUACUUGAUAAAUCACAUGAACCAUCACUAACACAAAAUGUGACGUCAGCUGCCAUAACUAGUAUAAAUCCAUAUCAAGUCUCAAGUAAGCAACAGUUGCUGUCGAUUGGUGAUAAUGUGGGAACUCUUCACAUCAUGGAGGUGCCCUGGAAUUUACGACGACCUUCUGUCAAUGAGAAAAAUAUAAUCGAGAACUUUUUCGAACGUGAAGUAUCAAGAUUAAAAUUUGUUGAAGAGCGAAGAAAGAUCAGAGCAAUGGAGACUGUGAAAAAAGAUGUUGAGAAACCUAAAGAAAAAGUACAGGUGGAUGGGAAAAAACUUAUAGAAGAACAGGAAGCUGAAUGGGAGGCCAAAGCACGUCAGGAAUAUCAAAACUACUUGGAAAUGGAGAAACAUUUCCUGCAGGAACUUGGUCUCAGAGAAUCAGAUGAUCAAAAUUAAAUUUUAAAAAAAAAAUCAUGAUGGUUCUUAGAGCAUUAACAACAGGGUGUGGUGCAAAGCAUACUUUAUUGUAAAUAGUUUGAGGCAU